GCUCUCUUACCAAAACUAGCAAUAAUAUAGAAAUGGAUAAAAAUAAAAUAACAGAACUUUCUAAAAGAAAGACCACAUCUCAAUAUAGUAAUAAUUUUAAAAAAAUCAAAAACGAUAUUGAGCCAAUUUUUAUGGAAACUGUACCGAUUGUAUUAACUACAAAAACAAUAAUACUAUAA